UGUGAGAAAUUUGCUUUUGGCUUUGAGUUGUUUGGAGAGAAAGUCGAAAAUGAGGCGUUGGAGCGAUUCAUGGAGGUACUCGUCAUGAUUUCGGAUGUCCGAAUCGACCAAGAUUUCGGGGUCUCUUUAAAUUACGAUGCCAUACUACGCAGAAUCAGAUCCACAAGUGAAGCUCGACCACCGGAAGUUCCGAAUGAAACCGUCCACAUUCUUGUCCCCGGAUGGUUUGGGGAGCAUACUCCACCACAAGA